GUCUCUUUGCGGACGGUCCCUUGGCCCCGCCGCGCAGCAGCGUCACCGCAUGAAUGACAGCGCGUCGCGUCGAGGCAGGGAGACACUUUACCGCCGCCGCCUCGCAGGAGCUGCUGGAGCCGCGCAGGACGCCCGCAGCCCGGCCCGAGCAGGUGGAUUUCCGAGCAGCGGGCAGAUUCGUCGGGAUGCUCCAGCUUCCAUGUUCGCCGCGGUGAGACCAUGAGGAGAUGACCGGGCUGUGGCGCUGACAGCAGGGGAGCUGACAGUAAAUGAGAGGCCAUCACCAUGCCCCCGGGGAAGUAUGGGACGCAGGAGGAGUGGGAGCAGGACGGAGACCGGGAGAUCUACAUGGACUUCCUGCUGCCCACCGGGAUCUUCCUGAAAUUCCCCGUGUCUCGAACCGACACCAUCAGAAACAUCAAAAAAAUGGUUUGGAAAAAUGCCAGUCGCGAGGCCCUGUUCUGUGGACUGGGUGAUCCAGACCUGUACGUCUUCACCUGCAUCAACCAGACGGCAGAGCGGGAGGAGCUGGAGGAAGAGUCGAGGAGGAUCAGCGACGUGCGGCCUUUCAUGUGUGUUUUGAGGCUGGUGGCGAGGGAGGGGGACCGCAGCGAGAAGCUCACCAACGCCCAGAUCAGCCUGCUCAUCGGCAAAGGUCUGCACGAGUUCGAAGCCCAGAAGAAUCACGAGGUGGACGAGUUCCGAGCCAAGAUGCGAACGUUUUGUGAGGAGAAGUCCCUGGAGCGACAGAAUUUGCCGUGGCAACGGUGGAUGGAGUACAGCUUCCCGUGCGAGCUUGAGCCGUGCUGCUCCCUGGCGACCGGCGGGAGCUCCAAAUCAAAGCACGGCAAAAAGCUCUUCGUCAACGUCAAGUUUGAGUCGAGCGACGAAAGCUUCAUGCUGCAGCAGGACUCCCAGGAUCUCCCUGUGGCUCUGAUGAAGAGCGCUCUGAAAAAGAAGGCCACCGUCUUCCGCUCGGUUCGACAGGAACCCGAGGACUACACCCUGCAGGUCAACGGGAGAUGGGAGUUCAUCUACGGGCAACACCCGCUGUGCCAGUUCAAGUACAUUUUCUCCUGUAUGAGGAAUGGUCAGAACCCCCAGCUUACCAUGGUGCGCCAGUGUACCAUCAGCAAAUACCAGGAAGCUCAGGGCAGAGUGUGCAGCCAGAUGUACAAGACUCGCUCCCUGUCCAGACCACCUCCUCUGCCCCUGAAGAAGCAGAACACCUCCUCCCUCUGGUCCAUAAACGAGCCCUUCUACAUUCACCUCGUUCAGGGGAGCAGAGUCAAUGCAGACGAGGGAAUGAAGCUCGUGGUGCAGGCCGGCCUCUUCCACGGCAGCGAGCUCCUGUGCAAGAUGAUGACGAGCUCGGAGGUCACGGUGUGUUCCGAGCCGCUGUGGGACCAGAGGCUGGAGUUCGACAUAAACGUGUCCGACCUGCCGCGCAUGAGCCGCCUGUGCUUCGCGCUCUACGCCGUCAUCGAGAAGACCAAGAAACCCCGCGGCACAAAGAAGAAGAACAAGAAAGCGGACUGUCCGAUCGCCUGGGUAAACACCAUGGUGUUCGACUACAAGGACCAGCUGAAGACCGGGGAGUUCCUCCUAUCCAUGUGGCCAUCUGUACCUGAUGACAAAAAUGACCUGCUGAACCCGAUGGGGACGGUCCAGAAGAACCCCAACGUAGACAGCGCCGCCGGGCUCCUCAUUCGCUUCCCUAACAUCCGGCCUCAUCCGCUCUACUAUCCGCCCCUUGAGAAGACUAUCGAUCCAGAAAUGAAUGGCAACACUGAUUUUCCCUCCAAAGACGAGUACUUGAAACUAAAAGAAAUCAUGGACAACAAAAACUACACCGAGUUUUUUGAGGAUGAGAAAGAGCUCCUGUGGAAGCUCCGAAUCGAGGUCCGCGACUAUUUUCCUGAGUGCCUGUCCAAGCUGCUUCUCAUCACUAAGUGGAAUAAGCGUGAGGAUGUAGUUCAGAUGGUGAGUUUACUGAAAAGCUGGCCUGAACUCCCUGCCAUCCAAGCCUUGGAGCUGUUGGACUACAGCUUUCCUGAUCCAGCAGUCCGGUACUUCACUAUCAGAUGCCUCAAGAAGCUCAGUGACAAUGAGCUGCUGCAGUACUUGAUCCAGCUGGUCCAGGUCCUGAAGUACGAGUCCUACCUGGACUGCGACCUCACCACCUUCCUGCUGGAGAGGGCGCUGUCCAACCGGAGGAUAGGACACUUUCUGUUUUGGCAUCUUAAAUCGGAGAUUCACGUGGCAUCAGUGAGUUUACGUUUUGGCUUGAUUCUGGAGGCUUACUGCAGGGGAAACAUCCACCACAUCAAGCUUUUAUCCAAACAGAAUGAGGCUCUGGGUAAAAUGAAGGCCCUGAGCGACAUCGUCAAGACGGGCUCCCAGAAAAUGACAGUGGAAGACCUGAAGCUGUGCAUCAGGCAGGAGUCGUACCUGGAGGCGCUGUCGGACCUGCUGUCGCCGCUCAACCCCAGCGUCAUCCUGUUUGAAAUCUGCGCUGACAAGUGCAGAUUUAUGGAUUCAAAGAUGAAGCCGCUCUGGCUGAUGUACAAGAACCCUCUGGAACAAGCAGACAUGGUCGGCAUCAUCUUCAAAAAUGGAGACGAUCUCCGCCAGGACAUGUUAACCCUGCAGAUGAUCCAGCUCAUGGAGAACCUGUGGAAGAAAGAAGGCCUGGAUCUCAGGAUGAUCCCGUACGGCUGCCUAUCCACCGGGAACAAAACGGGGCUCAUCGAGAUCGUGAAGAGCUCCGACACGAUCGCCAACAUCCAGAGGAACAGCAGCAACAGCGCGGCCACCGCUGCCUUCAACAAGGACGCCUUGCUCAACUGGCUCAAGUCCAAGAAUCCGGGAGACAAACUCGAUCAAGCGAUAGAGGAGUUCACUCUCUCCUGUGCUGGCUACUGUGUAGCUACUUACGUGCUGGGGAUUGGUGAUCGCCACAAUGACAACAUCAUGAUCAGGGAAACUGGACAGCUGUUUCACAUUGAUUUCGGACACUUCCUGGGAAACUUCAAGCGGAAACUCGGGAUCAACAGGGAGCGUGUGCCUUUUAUCCUGACGUACGACUUUGUCCAUGUGAUCCAGCAAGGCAGGACGAACAACAGUGAGAAGUUUGAAAGGUUCAGGGAAUACUGCGAGAAGGCCUACAAGAUCCUGUGUCGAAACGGGACGCUGUUUGUCAACCUCUUCGCCAUGAUGAAGGCAGCGGGGCUGCCCGAGCUCUCCUCCUCCAAAGAUAUCCAGUAUUUAAAGGAUUCUUUAGCUCUGGGCAAAUCGGAGGACGAAGCGCUGAAGAAUUUCAAAGUGAAGUUCAACGAAGCUUUGCGGGAGAGCUGGAAGACGAAAGUCAACUGGAUGAUGCACUCCUUGGCCAAAGACAACAGGCCGUGAAAGAACACCACACCGGUGAAACCUGCCAAAAAUGAUAACUUUUAACUUAUAGACAGAAAAAAACAAAUGAGAGAUCUAAAUGUAUUUUGACACAUGGCAUUCAAACACAGACAGCAGCAAAUGUUUACAUGCCAGCGGCUGAGAAACAACUAAACAGAGGCAUCCAGCAGUCAUUUCAACACAGGCCUUUUCAAAGUCAAGGACAUCUGCUCCUGUUAUCUUUCUUCCAUCUACAGAAUGAACCGUCUUACCCAACCAAAACCAUAAAUGUAUAUUGGAUUUAGUGGAAAUUGGUACUUGAAAAGCAUCUGCUCCUGCAAAGUGCAUCACCGAAACAGGAAGUUCAUCUCGGCAACUGCAUUACUCAGCAGAGAGCGAGCUGCAGACAGCCUGUGGGAUGACUUUAGACGGCAACGCACCGGAUGGCAACUGCUCCGUCACAUAUUGUCUUGAACUGCCUCUCUCCGACAGUGUUGUGUAUUUUUAUACUGUGCUUUAUUUAAUUAGAUUGGUGUAGAGAACUUGUAAAUUCAUGAUGUUUAUUUUAAAUUAAUUUACCGUCAUCGUGUCAUUGGCCUUGAAGCUUUACUGAGUGCCAGUAUACGUUAAAAGCCUUGUGCACAUUUAAUGUGAGGCCAAAGUUUCUCAUUUCUGUUUUCAUGAACGCACCAGAGGACUAGGCUUUGUCCAGAAUCUAGCCUUAGAGUCAUUUUUGCAUUAAAGCUUUUAAUGCCAUUGUUAAUGUUUUGUUUGUUUUUUUUUUUAAUAAAAGAAAAGACAAGAUUAUCUUAAGUUUGUGUGCGAUGCAGGAGGAAGCAACAUGUUGCUUUGCACAAAUACGGGAAACAGGCUAACCUCGCAUCUGCCUACGUACAACUCUAAAUUUCACAAUCUGUCGGGUAUUAAGCAUAAGAGUUGCUUUGUAGAGAGAAACACAGUCAGACUCAUUUGUUUACCUCAUUUUUUUUCUUCUUCUGCAAAACAAAGCAACUGUCUCGAGUGUUGAUGCUAACGAACCAACCUGAAAGUGUGCUUUGUGUAAAACUUAUGGAUUUUCUUUGAAAUGCCUUAACUUUUAAAGACGCAUGCCACUGGCAGUUGGGAGGAAGAAAACUCGAGAUGCUCUAAAGCAAAGAUAUCUUGUGAAGAAAGAGAAAAAUGCUGAGAGUUGCUUCUUGAGACAAUCGGUUGGAACAAAUAAACAAAAAAAACAUUUACUUGUGGAUGUGCUUCUCAUACUGUGAUUUUGGUCACACUGUUAAUGUCAGAGGUCAGUGUGGACAAUGCGGACUCUCUAAGAGUGUUCACUGUGUUUGUGUGUGUUGUGAUAUUUAAGUUUUGCACUUCCAUUGACGUUCUUGUCAAAUGUGCCAGGUAACAUGAAAAUAUUUCAUGCUUUUAAGGUCAAUCACUGUCAUAAUUUAACUGCAGCACAAAGUGCUUUUUGUCAGCUUAAGUGGGGCUGUGUACUGUUUGAUUUUAUUUCCAGAUGGGGGUUUUUUUAUUAUUAUUUUACAUGCUGCAUACUCCACUGUAUGUCCUGAAAGGACUGCUUGCCUUUUUAAGAAUAUAUAUUGUUAAACAGUCUCUUCUUAUUAUAUGAGUCUCUGUGCAAUGAUGACGAGAAGAAGAGCAAGUGUAGCUGUAGAUCUAACAGCACCGAGUUGACGAUACUUAUCAUUUCUGUCCUUUAAAAGGGGCCUCACUAAAUACUGCUUCUUUAAGCAACACUGGGGGAAAUCAGUCGCUCCUUUGGCUAAUUAAGUGUGAUGCUGUUGCCUUUUAUGCUGGUUGUCAUUUUUAAAUUGUUAGAAGCUCCUUUAAGGUCCAUGCCAGAUUGUCAGUUGUGCAGCUAAAGCAAAUAAAUUAUCGUAAAAACAUAA